AUGGAGGAUAUCGAAAACUUGAUCAAGAGCGUGGAGAAGCGCACUUGCGGGCCCACCCUCAAGUGCAAGGCGAUUGACCACGAACACUUGGAGGAGCUGGCCAAGGCCAUCAGGAAGAACACCAACCUCCGCUCACUUGUGUUCAACAAAUGCGACAUCGGUGGGAAAGGGGCCAGGAUCUUGGCCAAAGGGUUCACGCCCGACCACACCAUCGACUCGCUCAAUCUGGGCAACAACAACAUUGGCACGGAUGGGCUGCGCGCCAUCGCCAAUGCCCUCAAGCUCGUCACUGGGCCCAGCAAGCUUCUGCUGUUUGGCAAUCUCCUCACAGCAGAGGCCGGCUCCAUCCUGGGCGAGCUCAUCGAAGCAAACCCAGGCAUUAAACUACUCAACGUUGGCCAGAACCUGCUCGGCGACGAAGGUCUGGAGCGACUGGCGGGCCGUCUCAUUGGAAACACCAGUCUGCACAAACUCAUGUUGAAGGACACAAAGUUGACAUCAGCUGCCGCCACAACCAUCACAAACCUCAUCAACAACAACAAUACCCUCGUCCAAAUCAGUUUGCUGGGGAAUGAGCUUGGAGAGCUUGGAGCUCGGAUGAUCGCAGCUGUCGUCAGGGCAACCGGAAACAACGUUCAGAUCACGCUGCAUGAGAAUGACAUGCCGCACUUUCGGUCGGAGCUGCGAACACCAACACUAUCAGACCAGGGCACCUCCACCCCUGCUGCAGACUCGGAGCCCCCUGCGUCUACCACAUUCAGCCCACCAGCACCGCUGCGCACAGCAUACCCUGCUGACAUGUUCACAUCACCGCCCCCCAGCAUGUCAUCGCCAUUGCCAUCACACUCGUCGUCAGCGUCGUCGUUCUCGCAGCCCUACUACCGCCCGCAAGGCGACGCCGAAGUGCAGUCAACCCAGCACUCACCGCACCAAACCUCAUCCACCACAGCACCCUCAUCUGGGCACCACGCGCACGCGCAUGCGCACAGGCCAGGCGAUGCGAGUCCGAUUGCAGACGCCUCUGAGGAGAAGGAGGACCUGAAGAGGAAGGUGAACUACUGGAAGCGCGAAUUCGAGCGCCAGAAGCAGCGCCGCGAACGCGAUAAGGAGGCGGCAGCAGAGUCACAGCGCGCGCUUGAAGAGAAAUACCGCACGCAAGCUCUCCGCGCCCAACACGCAGACGGUGUCAUCUCGGAGCUGCGAACAAAAGUCGCCACCGCUGCCACGGAGCACAAAGAGACGGUCAAGCAGCUGCAGGAUACCCUAGCGUUGUGGAAGAAGAAGGAAGAAAACAUGCGGUCGAACUUGAUGGCGGCACAAAAAACAUUCGCGACUGUGAACAAAAAGAAGAAGGAGGCGCUGCACACAGCAGAGGAGGAUCUGCGGCGGGUCCGCACGGAACUGAAAGACCACAAGGAGAAGACGGCGAAGGAUGCAGAGGCACGCGACCAGCAGGCCAAAGACCUUCGGGAGAAGAUUGCGGCGGCCGGAGCAGAGAUUGCAUCGCUUCGGAAAGAAUACAGCCAGAAGCUUGAGGAUGCUACAAGAAAGGCCGCUCGCCUGGGUGAGGAGAACAAGACGCUGCAGAAGAAAUUGCACGCGGCACAAGAGACCGCGUCCCUGGAGGAGCGGGAGAGGAAACAGAUUGAUCAGCGCCUGCGAGAGGCGACGGCGAAAGUGAAGGAAUUGGAGAUUGGCAAGCAGAAGUUGGACGACAAGCUUGUCAAGACGGUGGUUAGUCUGCAAUCUGCACAGGAUCAGAUGAAGGCACUUGAGCACGAGCUGCAGAAAUUGAAGCAGUCGCACACCGAGGAUGACGCGUACAGGGCCGCCGCCUCCGCCAUUGAGCGCGUGCUGAACUUCCACCUGGGCAUUGAUUGCGUUGAAGAUCGGAAGCGUGCGCUUGGAAAGGAAGGCCCACUCAAAGGCGGACAGGGUAAAAUCUGGACUGGCCUCUUUGGUGGGCUGCAGGUGGCGCUGAAGGAGGUUGAAGUGUCCCAUGUCCCCGACAUCAAGUAUUGGCUGUGCGGGGACACGAGCAAACUCCGCCUGCACGACCGGCGUGUGCUGCGUGAGCUCAAGGCAAUGGCCAGCCUGCGCCACCCGCACAUUGUGCCGCUGCUGGGCACGUGCAAGGACGGCGACGACCGCUUCUUCAUCAUGAUGCCCUGGGCGGAGCACGGCUCCCUCUCCUCCUACCUGCACGAACGGGACCCUGGCCAGGCGCCGCUGACGAAGGUGGACAAGCUGCGUAUUGCGUGCGAGAUUGCCAGCGGAAUGGAGUUCCUGCACAUGCGCAAUGUUGUGCACCGCGACCUGAAGAGCGGCAACGUGCUGCUGACGGAGCACAUGACGGCGCAGGUGUGCGACUUUGGCCUCAGCGCAUUCAAGGCAGCAGACUCUUCAGAAGUGUCCAAGAUGCCGGGCACCACGCUGUGGGCAAGCCCGGAGCAGCUGGCGGGCAAGGCGCUCAAGUCAUCCACGGACGUGUUUUCGUACGGAUGUGUGGUGUGGGAGCUGAUGUUUGGCAUCAAGCCAUGGCACCACCUUGAAAACCACGAGCAGGAGACGAUCGAGGCAUUCUACGACAAGAACAAGUACCUUCCACUCGACAAGUCCAUCAACGGGCAGACGCUUGACAAGUUGAUGAUUGAAGUGCUGAGCAAGUGCUUUCAGCCAGCGGAUCUGCGCACCUCCUUCCGUGUGCUCCGCAAGACACUGCAGCCGCAAUACAUUGCCGAGAAACACCAGAAACAAGUGGACGAGGAGCAACAGCAUCUGCUUUUGCAUGGGCCACCAGAUGCUCCCUGGAAGUUUCCCGAGGAUGUGUGGGCGAAACUCUCAGACAAGGCCGUCCAGGUGCAGGCCCGCAAAUCUGUCAGCUGUGCUGUUCUCGACCUCUACGACGACACCAACUUUCAACUCAUCCAGCAGCUGUUGGACGAGGCAGGCGGGCGCACGUCACGGGAGAAGGCGGAGCACCCGUUUGGGCGCCAUGUUGCCGGCGCGGCGAUUGUGCACUCCGACGUGAAGAACACGGCCUUCAAUGGCGUCAUCCAGCGCGACCAGGCCAGAUUCAAGGGCAACACCACCACGGCGCACCACGUGUUUCGCCCCAAAUACCAGCUGGACCAGAACGGGCACCCAAAGAACAAGGAGAUGAAGCAUGUGCUCGGGUACGUGUGCAAGUUGGGCGGCAUGAGCAACUUCAAGUACCACCUGCUGAACCAGGACCAGUCCAACGUGCGCAUCCAGCGCGUGUUCCACGGCGUGCCCUCGCUUGAAGCCGCGGUGGGCAUCCUGGGUGGCGAAUUUGCCCAGCUGCAGACCACGGACCAGGGCUGGUACGGCUCCGGCUUCUACUUCACGCCAGACCUCGAGUAUGCGCUGGCGUACGCGCGCCCCUGCCCCGGCAGCAAAGUUCCCAAGGAGCUGCACGGCUUGAAGCUGGAUGGCAAGGGCACCUUCAACGUCGUUCUCGUGUGCGAUGUUGUGUACGGCAACCCAUACCCCGUGAUUGACCUGCAGCACGUGGGGAAGACGCUCGUUGCCGGGCACGAUGCGCACGUUGUUGUCACGGACUUUACCAAGCAGGAUGUCCAGCAGGCGAAACCGUUCAGGUCCCACAGUGAUUGGACGAAGAAGCAAAAAGUUGGCGGCAAGAAGGUGUCUGCGCGGCCCGUGUCGGAGAUUGUGGUCAACACCCCGGACGCCGUGCUCGUUCGCGCCAUCCUCAUCUUCCACCACGAGGCAAAGCCGGCGACGCCGUGAGCAACAAGGGGCAGCAAGACGACGAGAGGAGGUGGAUAUGAGGAGAUGAGAGGGAUGUGCUCGGGGGUGGGGGUUGUUUCCUUCCGGUUAGCAGUCCUGUUUGAACACCGUAGAUGAACUAACUGUCAUGUGUGUGAGUGAGUG